GUGUGGCGAUUUAUGACAAUGAAUCAUGUUUUUAAACGUUAAUAAAGAGUAAUUGAAAGAAAGCUUUAAAGAACACAGAUAAAUCUUUGACCCAGUAGUGAGUUGAUCUUAAGUACUUCAGGCUGCUCCGCGUUGCAAACAAACACCGUUCUGCAGUGGAAAUAUUUGGUAUAUUUCCAUCUCAGGAAACAUUGCUUGUCAUCUGCAAAUGCACAUUCAGUUCAAACCACGGAAAAAGAGAAAAGCAUAAAGAUUUUCCCAGAAUGAAUUCUGUCUCUGCAUGAUUAUAGCUCAGUAAAGAUCCACAGUGACAAAAUGGAAAACCAUUCUGAAGCCUAAUUGUUGAAAAUUGGUCGCGUUUUUGGAAACUGUGAAUCCUGUGUCCUCCAGGUAUCUUGGCUUCCCAAAUAGUUAAACAGUGUGUUUUAUUCAAGUUGACACAAUGGUGAAAACCUCCUUGUUUAACUCCUUUAUGUGUCACUGAACAGUUGCACUUUUUAUGUACACCACGCUCAUAAAAGUCCUCUGUAGCCAGUUGCGUCCUUAAUCAAAGAUGUGCUCUUCACACGCAAAAAAAUACUUCGGUUUUUCUUUGUUGUUUUGCUUUUUAUCACAUUUUCAAAUAAAGAUUUCAUCUAUUUAUGGAGAAAAUCUAACAAAAAACAUCUAGUAAUGUCAGAUUUUGUGAUGGAGAAGGAAAUAAAUGCAGAAAGGAAUAUUAAAGUUACUCGAAGAGGGUUAAAAUCCACUUAUAAGAUUUAGAAAAGACAUGAAACAGACAAAUGAAGAACUGGAGAGUUUAAGACCAGAACAGCAAAAUAAUGAUGACAGAAGAAAAGGACAAACAGCCCGGAGGACUGCAGAAAAUAAAACAGGAUGGAAAGGAGGAAAUUAAACUAACUGGCUUUCGAAGUGGGAAAGUGGAUAAAUGACAAGGUUUGACAAACUGGUGAAACUGGGAAAGAACCUGAACACAAAUAAAACACUUAAAUACAGAUGGAGAGGAUGUUACUAAUCAAAAUCUAAACAGUAACACCAAAAUAGGAAUCAAAAACAGUACUCAGAAAACACAACAGGAGCAAAGAAUCUCAACACAAAGGAAUUAACACUGUAUGGAACAAUGUAGGUGACAAAAAUCAACAACCAAAACUAGUCCAGUUCACAACUGAAAGCACAAACAUAAAGAGAUCAUGACAGGCUCUAUGAAAAUACAACUUAAAUGAGAAAUUAUCUCUGAUUAGCCUAUAUUUUUAUUCCAUUUCAUUAAUCACACUGGUGCAGAGUUGUCAAAUAAAUUUAUAAUUCAGUUCAUUUAUGUCUGUGUUUUCAAAAAAGAAACAGUUUAAGUCGUUUAAGUUCUGUUCAUCGCUGGUUUUAUAUCGGAUCAGCUCGGUAUUGGCCGAUACUAAACCUCAGAUAUCUGCAACGGUAUCCAAAGUGAAAAAAGUGGAUCAGUGCAUCCCUAUCAGAGACACUAGAGUGUGGCAAAAAUAAUCUCUGUGGGGGUAAAAACUUUUUAACAACAUCUUACUUUAACAAAAUACUGUAUUGAUUAUAACUUCGAAGGAUUGCAGGGGAGCUGGUAUCUGCCUCCAGUAGCAGUGAUAGUACGAUUACUUGAAGACUGUACUUAAGUACAUUUUUUGAGUAUCUUUACUUUACUUGAGUAUUUAUUAAGUAUUUUACCCCACUCCAUUUCAAACACAAAUAUAGUACUGUCAACUCCACUACAUUUCCAGGAAGCCUGUCGUUACUCGUUCCUUUUUGCUCAGCGUAGCUUUAGUCCGCUGUUGCUGAUUUUUCUUUCCUGAAAUGCAAUUAGCCACACACUGUGCUCCUCACAGUCGCCGCUCACACCUGGGAUGGGGGUGAGAGAGGGACAUUUUGAAUAAAAAGAAAAGAUAAAAAUGGCCUUUUGCUGCAGUUCUUAUCCUGAAGUCUGUACAGUUGUUGUAUUCUUUUUGUCAAUACAUCAUUUCAGGAAGUUACAGAGUUCAGUAGAAGCUCUCAGAAAACAACACAGCAAUGUAUUAAUACUAGAAAAUAUAAUUUGAACCUUUGAAUACUUGAGUGUUUCUAAAUGAAUGCACUUUUGAGUAUUUUAGUCUUUUUAAAAGUUUAAUUAGAGUAAACCUUUGACUUGUAGCUGAAUAAGAUUUCACCAUAUCAAUACUUUUACUCAAGUAUUACUUUGUCCACCUCAGUCCUUCGAAGGGUUAGAGGUACAAACUGUACAGACUUCCAUAAACUGAGAAAAACAAACAGAGAAGAAGUCUCUGUUCUGAUACAUGAGACAUUAAAAGGACAGCAAAAAUAAUUAGCGGUGAAAAUAUGCGUGUGCGCGAAUUAGGGGCCACCGGGGCCCCUCUCAUUAAAAGAGGCAGUCUGUGUAUUUCCUGUGAAGUGGGACUGACUGUGUAACUUGAGUCGGGAUGAAAACUGAGCUCCGGAUCCGGCUGCCCGUCCAGAUGCAGCUCGCCGAACAGAGACGGAAGGUGCAGGAUGGAUCCCGUCCCGCUGCUGCUCGUCCUGCUCGCAUCGUGGCCCCUGUCCUCGGCGGUCUACGAGGGGCCCCUCCAGCCGGAGAUCUCCAACGGCACCUUCCAUCACUUCUUCGUCCCGGACGGGGAUUAUGAGGAGACGGUCGACCCGGAGCACUGCCAGAUGCUGUUCAAGUUCUCCGACGUGGUUCCGUGCGCGGCCGCGGAGGAGAGCGACGCCGCGGUGCGCGACGACUUCAUCAUCACCAAGCUGCAGGCGGAGGACGCGGCGCGGCUGCUGGAGGGCAUCGGCCGCGCCGUGGCGCACGACCUGGACGGAGAGGACAGCUACGGGAAGUUCCUCCUGAAGGAGAUCUCCCAGAUCGGCGAGGCCUUCUCCAGCGUGGACAAGUCGCUGGUGGAGCUGGAGGUGAAGUUCAAGCAAAGUCAAGAGACUGAGCUGAGGGAGGAAGAGCAGCUGAACGGCUCCGUGGUGAAGCAAGUGAGCGACAUCAGAGGCGCUCUGAGGGAAACCACCGACAUCUCUCAGGGACUCAGAGACAGACAUGAGCUGCUGUCUCUCAUCAUCCGCAGCCAUGGCACCAGACUGAGCCGCCUGAAGACGGAGUUCCUCAAUGUGGGCUCAUGAAUGUGCUUGGGAGACAGUGAGUGUUAUAAAAGAGCCAUCCAGUUCAUCAAGCAACUUUCAAGUGUACUGUGUGGUUUGUGAAUAUGCCUCUGAAGUAUUUCACCCUGACCUUUUGGGUGUUCUCGUUCCGCGGAGCUAUGCGGGGAGCUGGAACAAAAACAUCAACACAUUCCUGUAAGACAGGAGUGGGAAAAAAGCAACGAGUGGAUAAAUUAUGGCUGUGCCACCACUACUAGAAUGGUUUUGUUAGGUCAGAAUGAUUAAAAUUAAUGUUCUCAGAUGUCAAUCUGUAUUAUUUGAACGUUGUUGAUAGUUCAUUGAAUAAAUAUAUAUUUCAUAACAA